GGGAACGAAAAAGUAGUCCGAUGAGCCUGGGAACGAAAAUUUGCUCAUUUAAGGCCUGGACAGCGUUAAAGAAGGAUUAGUCAAUAUAAUAAAUAUCAGUUAUUUAUAAUAGCUUAGUUUCUUUCAAAAUGAACAGUUCAAAUAUAUUGAUGUUUGGCAUUUUGAUAUUUCUCAUGACUGUAAUAAGCGUACAGUCUAUAAAAUGUUACCAGUGUUUGAGCUGCAACGACCCUUUCAAUGAAAAAGAUAGCGAUGUCACAAUAGAAACGUGCGCGGGAUCAUGUGUUAAGGGCAAAUAUGAAGGUGCUGUUGCCAGAGCCUGUUCAGAUUACAGUGGAGGCGACCAGUGUGCAAAAGUUGGCGAAGCUCAUUCAUGUUCGUGUACGUCUGAUUUGUGUAACAGUGCAUCUGGAGUCAGGCGUCUCAUUUUUGCGUCGCUAAGCUUAUCAUCUUGUUUUUAUGGGUGUUUCCCCUAA